UAAUAAUAAUUUUUCAACAUUUGGCAAAUUUAUCAUUGCUGAAGUGGAAAAGAAUAAAAAAAUUUUCAAUCUGCUUAAAGGUUUAUCAAUGAUAACCAAUACAAGUGGUGAUUUACCGAUUGAAUUUUUUAUAAAAUUAUCAAAACAUCUACUGUCAUCAUCGACGACGACAAAUGAAUCUAACGAACAAAAACUUUUAAAUUUUUUCGAUUUCAUAAUGAAAUUUUAUGACGAAGAUUUUUUAAAAGAUAUUUUAUUAUUGCAUCUUGCAGCACAAUAUGCACCUGGUCGUAUUGUUAAACGUUUAAUCGAUACAUUCGGAAUGCAAACUUGUCAAAAUGAACGAAAUGAAUCAAAUCAAACACCAUUAACAAUUGCUUUGAUCAAUGAUAAUGUACCUGCCGUAGAAGCAUUUCUUUCUUCAAAAAUCAAUAUCCAAGAUUUGGAAAUCGAUAAUCAUCAACCGUGUUUUUCAUAUUAUUUACAAAAAAGUUCUUCAUUAAAUCUUUGUUCGGAUUUUUUACGUUUGGGUGCUCAGCCUAAAUCCAUUGAUAAAUUGGGCAAUACUUCAUUACAUUUAAUUUGUAAAAAUAUUGAACGAAAUUCAUUCAUUGAUUCGCUGAAACUUUUAAUCGAUCAUGGGGUUAAUGUUAAUAAGAAAAAUUAUCAAGGCCAAACUGCUCUUCAUGUUGCAUUUGAAAAUAAUAAAUUUUCCCAGAAAUUAUCCAAAAUGUUGAAUAUAUUGUUGAAAUCAACAACACAAAUCGAUCUUUAUGCAAUCGAUCAUAUGGGAUAUAAUGCAUUCAAUUAUUUAUUUAUGAAUAAUGCAACCAAAGAUCCAUAUGAAUUAUUCGAACAAAUCAAUGAUAUGAUAAAAUUUUCAAAUCUUUUAGAUUAUAAUCAAAUGAAUCUUUUGCAUUAUGCAGCUAAAAUUGGUUUUUCUCGUAGUGUUAAUUUUUUCCUACGAUUUUUGGAUCCAAAUCAAAUUGAUUCAAAUAAUUAUUCACCACUUUCAUUGGCUAUUUUGAAUGGUCAUCAUGAAUGCACAAUGAUUCUAUUACGAUCGGAAAAGAAUCGAAUCCUGGAUAAUUUGGAAUUUAUUUUGAAAAAUAAUAUCAAAAUAAAUUUACUUUGUCAUAUUGCCAAAAAUGAUUGGAAAGAUGCAUUCGUUUUGAUUGAACAAAAAGCAAUUCGUCAAAAUGAAUUAAAUGAAUUGAUACAAAUAUCAAUCAAAUCACAAUGUUUAUCAUAUGCAUCCAAUUUGAUAAGAUCAAAUAUUCAUAGUGGUGAAGAAUAUAAUCGAAUCUUUCUACAAUUAUUUGCUAAAUAUACUGGUUCCCGAUUACCAAUGCAAAUUCAAAAUGAUUUUCUACAAAUUUUUCGACAAAAUCUUUUAUCAACAGUUUUUUUCGAUCUGUUUUCGUUAGCAUUUCAAAAUUGGAAUUCAAAUCUAUGUAAUCAUUUGAUACAAUCAUUUGGUUUGAAUAAUAUAUUGAAAAAAGUUCGAGAAAAAAAUGUUGAUUUAUUACCACUUUGUUUUAAAAAAUUAAUAUUUGAACAUCAAGAUUUACCUAAAGAUAUGAUUGAUUUGAUUGAAUUAAUUCUUCGAAAUGAAGAACCAGAAUGUCGACAAGAAAUUAAUCUAUUAUCAAGCUAUCCAAUUGAAGAAAAUGAAGAUUCAAUUUGUGAACGUUAUCGUGCGUUCGGUGAACAUGAUCAUCGUUAUCAAAAUCGUUAUUCAUCAAUCAAAUAUUCACCGUUAAUAAUUGCAAUUAUUAUGCGUAGUCAUUCAACAGUCGAAUGGUUACUUUCAUUACAAUCGAUUAAUCGACAAAAAUUUUUAGUUGACGUAAAUUUCAUUGAUUCUUAUGAACGUACACCAUUGAUGCAUGCAAUUUUAAUCAAUGAUCAGAAAAUUAUUGAUACAUUGCUGGAUGUGCAAACUAAAUCACCCUGUAUUCAAUUGAAUUUAUUGAAAAGAGAUGCUAAUCAAUCGACUAUAUUUCAUCAUUUAAUUUCACCAUUCCGAUCGGGUAAUUAUUAUCGAUCAGAUCGAAUAUAUUCAAAACUAUGGAAUAUGCUUGCGAAAUUGGAAAAAACAUCGGAAUUGAUUGAUGAACUUUAUCGUUUUGCAAUCGAAAAAAAAUCUACGCAAUUAAUAAAUUGGAUGGAAAAAACAUUGAAUAUUGGUUCGCAACAUAAAUCUUUAUCGCGUUCGAUAAUCAAUAAUUUGAGGAAAGAUGAAAAUUGCGUUGAAUCUAAUCAUUUUGAUCAUUCCAAUUCGAUUAUCAUUAAACAAUCUCCACCAUUAAGUAAUGGUGAUUUACAAUCAACAAUCACUAAUGCUAUCGAUCAGGAUUAUCGAUUAAAGAGAAUAAUCAAAGAUCAAACAUCAAAAAUUCCUUUCGAUGUAAUUUUUACCAAACUAGAUUAUCAAAAUAAUGAUGAUUAUGUUUAUAAUUUUUAUAAAAUACAAUUACUUUCAAUUGGUACGAAACAUUGUCUGGCUAUUCGUUGGGGUCGUGUCGGUACCAAAGGAAAUGUACGGAAAAUAUUUUUCAAUUCAAAAGAAGAAAGUAUUGAAAAUUUCAAGAAAAUUUUCCAUAAAAAAUCCGGUGAACAUUGGAAUCAAGUUAAUGAUGUUUAUAAUGGUGCUCGAGAAAUCAACACCACAUCAGAUGAUCGAUUGAAUUGCAAAUGGAAUUUGGAUGAAAUUUUCAGAAAAAUUAUUACCGAAUUAUCAACAACAGCAACAGCAACUGUUCACGAUGAUGAUUUUAAAAAACUUGUUUUAAAAUAUAUCAAAAUAUUUUAUCGUCAAAUUGAAAAUGAUCCCAAUGAACAAAAAUCAUUGCGAAAUUUGACAACAAAAUCUAUUGAUCGUUGUCUAUUCAUCCUAAAUCGAUUAUCCAAAUUGAUUGCAUUCAAUAACCUGAAUAGAUCUGAUAGAAAUUGUAAAAAAGAUCCAAAAUUAUUAUUACUAAACGAUAUGAUUGAUUUAAGUGAACAAUUUUAUUCGGAAAUAAAAAUCUAUGGAUUACAAUAUGAUCAACUGAAGCCAAUACUGACAAUGGAUAUGAUUAAGCAAAUAAUUCAUUUGGUUAUGAAAUUAAAAUCAUCCGUUUCAUCAAUCGAAUCAUUAUCGAAUCCUACUUGUAUUUCACUGGAAAAAUUGUUUUGUUGGCAUUGUAAAAUCCUAACGAACAAAGAAGAAUUGGAUCUUAUUUUUUCAUAUUUAUUAAAUGGCUGUCCACAACAACAACAACGAAAUGAUUGUCGUUUAAAAGAUUUAAAAAUUUUUAAAUUUUCAAAUUCAAUUGAAUGGAAUACAAUGGAAAAAUCACCGAAAACCUAUCUAUUAUGGUGUCAUUUAAAAAAUUAUGAAUUUUUAAAUUUUUUCUUUAAUGGUUUUGAUGGUCAAACUUGUUUGCUACAUUCAGAUUUACCAAUCAUGUUGAAUGGCGUUUGUCUAACAAAUCGAAUCGUUAAUGAUAAUAAUAUUGAACAAAAUGACGAUUUUUGGAUACUUUGCGAAACAUUGAUAGAAAAUCCAAUUGAAAUUGAUGAUAUAAAUGUUUUUACACAGGAAAAUUAUGAAACAUUUAUUCGGGAUAAAGAUUGUCUUAUAUCAUCGGAUGAUCAAAAGAAGAAUAAUCGAGAUGAUCAUUAUUUGCUUUGGAAAGGCUUUAUAGUUCCUAUUAAUUUUGAAACAGGCAGCUCAACAACAACAACAACAAGAUUUCUUUAUUUAUCACCAAAACAAUUAAGGCCACGUUAUUUGUUGAAUUUCAACAUAAAAACAUUGUAAAUUAUACUUGAAUAAUCUCACUCUAGUCUUUUUUUUAAAAUCAAUAUUUAUUCCGAAACAACAAAAGAAAAGAAAUUCUCAUUUUAUCAUCAUCAUCAUUCCAUCAUCACAGAAUGU